AAAGGUCUCUUUUUUAUGGGAGUAUGCUGAAACUAGUUUCUGAAAUGUUGUGCGCUCGAGGAGGUCAGAAGUUGAGGCCUUUUCUAUGUGCACAAGUUAGUGGCUUUCAUACUUCAAAGCCUGGUUUAGCACCUAGAAGCUUUUUCGGGGUGGAAGAUUUUGUUGAUGAUGACAAUAGCCGUCCAUAUACUUAUCAGAAGGGGAAAAAAUCGAAGAACCCAAACAAGCAUGUUUCUUUCAAGCAACGGACUGUAGCUUACAUGGAACCGUUCACACUUGAUGUUUUCAUAUCAAAGCGCUUUGUUUCAGCCUCAAUCACCCAUAGAGUUACAUGCAAACAGGUUGCAGUAGCUGGUACAAACUCCAAAGAUAUCAAGGCAGUGCUCAAAUCACGAAGUGAUAUUCCUGCAUGCUUGUCUGUUGGACAGAUAUUGUCCGACAGGGCAAGAGAGGCUGAUGUAUACACUGCUUCUUAUACACCUAGGGAUAGGGACAAAUUCGAAGGGAAAAUUAGAGCAGUUGUUCAGUCCCUCAUUGAUAAUGGUAUCGACAUCAAAAUUUAUCUUGACUGAAAAAAGAGAAGACCAAGCAGUCGUGAUGCCUUGACCUGGAUUGGAUAUAUGUAUGCCCUAACAUAGAGUUGAGGAACCUAUAAUACAGGCAUUGGAUGCUCCAAUCUUGCUGCGUAUACCUGGACAGUAUUCAUUGUACAUUUCCAUCUUCUGU